AUGAAUCCAGGAAAGUGCGGCAGUGUCCAACCACGGAUCAUCGUCCACGGCGGCGCGGGCAAUAUCACCAGAGAGAAUCUCCCGCCAAAAGCAUACCAUGCCUAUCGCUCUGCCCUGCUCGAGGUCCUCCACGAAGCAAACGCGAGGCUUCGCCUUCCCGGUGCCACAGCAUUGGACGUAGCUUCCUUCGCUGUCUCAUUGCUUGAGAACAACGGGCUGUUCAACUCCGGCCAUGGCGCUGUCUACACCACGGCCGGCACUCAUGAGUUGGAAGCCUCCAUCAUGGUGUCGAAAGGCUACCGCAAACGCGGCGUCGGCAUCAUGAAGGUCACCAGAGCGAAGAAUCCUAUUCUGGUAGCUCGAGAAAUGCUUAUCAGAGGCGAAAAGGAAGACGGCGGUGGUGCUCAAGGGCACGUCCAGUUGGCAGGUCCGACCGUCGACCAGCUUGCUAUGGACUGGGGACUCCAAAUAGUGCGCCCUAGCUACUAUUGGACUCGAAGACGAUGGGACGAGCACCGUCGUGGGCUGGGGAAGAGCCAUGAUGGGGAGACGUAUCAGCGGCACAAGCGGCAGGUUGAUGAGUGUAUUGCUGAGAGUAAUUAUAAUGAGGAUGCGUUUGACGAUCCCACCUGGGACGGUAAAGAGUAUCUACCUCAAGGUACUGUCGGGGCUGUUGUGCUGGACAGCUCUGGAACGGUGUGCUGUGCUACUUCGACUGGAGGCUUAACGAACAAGCUACCUGGCCGCAUCGGCGAUACGCCUACCUUUGGAGCUGGCUUCUGGGCGGAAGAAUGGACGUCAGUGCACACUGCCUUUCUACCGCCACCACUUGAUACGUUGAGGUCACAAUUACCUUCUUCACUGGUUUCCCUCAUCAUCGACUGUCUGCCCGGACUUUCUGGCUACCUACCUUUACCUCACUCCCCAACAAACGAACGAAAGCAGACCAUUCACCAGCCGCGAGCAGUCGCCAUGUCAGGUACAGGCAAUGGAGACUCCUUCCUCCGGCUAUCUGCUGUCCAUACCGCCGCAGCAAUGGCACGCUUCCAAGGUUCUAAUACGCAAACUCAUGGCAGCGAGCACUUCCCACUACAAUACGCUGUGACCUCGGUCGCAGGUGCGGACGGGAUGUUGCAGCAAAGUGCGGAAGACCGAUGGCAUAAGACUGGAGAGGGCGAGGGAGGCAUAAUCGGUAUUGACUUUGCGGAUGGGAAGGGUAGGGUGGUGUAUGAUUACAACUGCGGAGGAAUGUUCCAUGCUUGGAUCGACGACGAUGGGCGGUCAAGGUAUCAACUGUUCAGGGAUGAGAUAGAUGUGUGA